AUGGCUGGGGCUGAAUGCUUUUUGCGUCGCGAUGGGGGCGGGGCGCUCCGCAGGGUGGCGCUCGAGAAUAGUUUCAGCUCGAUGCAGGGUGAGAUUGCACCGCGCAAACAGCGAGUCUCGAGGUCUCUUGCAACCACCCGAAGACGUCCUUUAUCGGCAAUGCAAAUGAAGAGCAUGGGGUUGGCCACAGUACCGUUUAGUCAUGAGACUGAGCUCUGUUCCGAGCUCCAGCUUCAAGAGGUCGAAGGACAGAAACAAAUAACGUCGACAUCGAAACUUCUCCGCCUUCCUGGACACCCAAGAAUCUCCCUAGCCGAACUAGAUGUCCGGGACGUCCUAGAGCGUGAAAUGAUGACGCCGGAUCUGAACAGAAUGGCUCCGCAUCUAUGGUUAGUCGCCAAACCAUCGAGCGACCACUGCAAUCCUCUGCAUGAACAGGUUGUCCGCGGCCGAAACAUUGUCAUAACCGAAAAUCCGGAGCUACAUCUCUGCUGGAUCGAUAGCAAGGUGUUCAUCAAACCCAUUCCUCGAUGUCUCCUGUCGUGGGCAUUCUGGCGACACUACUUGGACGACUCAAAUGCCAAUUCGGAUCCAAAGGCGAAGGCGAAGCUGAUAGAAGCCGUCCUUGGAUACAUGCGGUCGUACAACUUUUUGGUUCGACAUGAAUCUGACUACAGGAUAGCAGUCAAGGAACAUCUCAUCCCCGUAACAGCGACGUACGAGGACUUCAUGAUAUUCAUCUCCAGUUUCGCCGAAAUCCAGGACAGCCAAGUCUCACCGCGAUAUCGGUUCGGCGAGCUACGACUGCGGAGACUGAAUCUGUGGUCUCCAUUACUCUUGAAGAAGACCUACUUCCACAAAAUUGUCUGGCAGUACGGCGACUACCUCGCGCAGUAUUACGCACCGUACCUCUUCUUCUUCGGCAUCUUCUCGGUCGUGUUAAGCGCGAUGCAAGUUGGCGUGGGCGCGAAGAAGGAUUGGCAAUCGUUUUAUGGUGUCUCAGCGUGGUUCUCGGUCGCAACUCUGAUAGUUAAUCAGCAUUCAACCAGCGUUGAACUAGUUGAGAAAGUAUCGGAAUCAAUCGCGAACUUACUCUACAGCUUCAUCCAGCGCGCUGCACGACAACCACUCUUGCUUGGAGCCAAAGUGGCCAUCACCACCUCCCUCGCCAGCUUCAGCGGGGCGCUGGACACAGACAUCACAUCACGCGCCGCCGUCAUCCACGACAACGCGGCGGCGCUGGCAUCACAGGAGGCAGAGCUGCGCAAGCGGACGGGCGCGCUGGCGGGGGAGAACGCGCGAGCUGAACAAGCUGGGGGAUGUGCAGAACUAGACGGAGGUGUUGGAGUGGGAUUUGUUGGUGCUGGAGGAGAUGGUGCGGCUGGUGGAAGAGGGCUGGAUGGGGGAAAUGCGGGCAAGUUCAAUAUAGAGGACCAACGUUAUUAA